AUGACUGGCCUUGCACCUCUUGAUCCCAUCAACCUGAAUGGGGUUGCUGACAAGGGAAAGAAAGUGGCAUAUUUCUAUGACUCGGAUGUUGGCAACUAUGCCUAUGUCUCUGGACACCCCAUGAAGCCACACCGUAUUCGAAUGGCCCACAGUCUUGUAAUGAACUAUGGUCUAUACAAGAAGAUGGAAAUUUAUCGCGCCAAACCAGCCUCCAAGUACGAAAUGACCCAAUUUCAUACGGACGAAUAUAUCGAUUUCCUCUCAAAAGUGACACCAGACAAUAUGGACCAAUACUCGAAAGAGCAGAGCAAGUACAAUGUCGGAGAUGAUUGUCCGGUGUUUGAUGGGCUGUUUGAGUUUUGCGGUAUCAGUGCCGGUGGCAGUAUGGAGGGCGCAGCUCGUCUGAAUCGCAACAAGUGUGAUAUUGCGGUCAACUGGGCAGGUGGCCUGCACCACGCGAAAAAGAGCGAAGCCAGUGGUUUCUGUUAUGUGAACGAUAUCGUCCUCGGUAUUCUCGAGCUUCUUCGAUUCAAACAGCGCGUUCUAUACAUCGAUAUAGAUGUCCAUCACGGUGACGGCGUUGAAGAGGCUUUCUAUACGACAGAUCGCGUCAUGACCGUCUCCUUCCAUAAGUAUGGAGAGUACUUCCCAGGAACGGGUGAGCUGCGCGAUAUUGGUGUUGGACAAGGAAAAUAUUAUGCGAUCAACUUCCCUCUUCGAGAUGGUAUCGAUGAUGUCUCCUACAAAAGUAUAUUCGAGCCCGUCAUCAGCAACGUUAUGGAAUGGUAUCGACCUGAGGCCGUUGUUCUUCAGUGUGGCGGAGAUAGUUUAUCUGGCGAUCGUCUAGGUUGCUUCAACCUGAGCAUGAGGGGGCAUGCGAAUUGUGUCAACUUCGUGAAGACUUUCAAUUUGCCAACAUUGGUGGUCGGAGGUGGCGGCUACACAAUGCGCAACGUAGCCCGCACAUGGGCAUUCGAGACUGGUAUACUCGUCAAUGAACAGCUGGAGUCACAGCUGCCGUACAAUGACUACUACGAGUAUUUCUCACCUGACUACGAAUUGGAUGUUCGUCCAUCGAACAUGGACAACGCUAAUACGAAGGAAUAUCUGGACAAAAUCCGAAGUCAAGUGAUAGAGAACCUCCGACGAACUGGAUUUGCGCCGUCAGUACAAAUGACCGACGUUCCACGUGAUCCACUUAUAGAUGGCUUGGACGACGAGGCGGACGCAAUUAUGGACGAUCUUGACGAGGAUGAGAAUAAAGAUAAGCGCUACACAAAACGCCGCUUUGAUCAGUACAUUGAAAAGACUGGCGAGCUUAGUGAUAGUGAAGACGAAGAAGAGAAUGCUGCCAAUGGUGUUCGUCGUCAACCAGGAGUUGUCCGACGGCGAAAUCACAUCAGCCACCGGAAUCUUGAUAUCACUGAUUCCGGCUUAGACAGUGGUAUCGCGACAUCCAGAGAAGUAUCUGCCGUUCCGGAUCAGGAUGAAGACAUGGAUUUGACAACUGAUCCUGCGGCUGAUAAGCCUGAGGCCUCACUAGCACCAGAGGCAGAGCCCCGCCGGUCUCCAUCGGAUUUAGAUAUGGGUUCGAAAAUUGAAGAAAAAGUAGCCACGGAAGCCAAUGAGACUGCCCCAGCUACCACUACACGUGCCGAGUCGCCGGCGUCUGCUUUGAGCGAAGCACAUUCAGAUGUUGACAUGGAAGAUGUUAACGCCACUACUGCCGAGGCGCAACCUGCCACCUUACGCCAGAGCGUAGGGCAGGAGAAAACACCUCCGGCAUCUCCCCCAGCCACCACUACAGCACAGGAGGCCGAACCAGCCGCUCCUUCACCGCCACUCGUUGCGCCUGCCGAGGCUCCCUCCAACGUUGAAGAGACCGAAGCGAAGAAGGAAAGUGACAAGGCUGCGGAAGAGCCUAAGGAAGAAGAAGAAAAAGCCGCAGUCGAGACAUCCACUAAACCCGAGGAAGAACCAGAAGAAAAGGCUACUUCUGAAGCCAAAGAGCCUGAGAAGACUGAAACAUGA